GUUACGAGAUAAUGUCACAUGGUGGGAGCAUCAGUUGAACAAAUAUGUUGUUAUGGAUACAGUCCAUUCAUCGGACAAAAAACUGACAGCUAGUUCAUUCAGCAGAUAGAUAACUGUUAGCUAUUCCAUUCAUCACAUAGAAAACUGUCAGCUAAGUUGUGAUCUUAUCAGAACAGUCUAUGGUGAGACAAUGAAGACUUUGCUGGUCCUAGUGGGAGUCCUUACACUCUCCCUCACAGAUAUUGGAGCCUCCCAAUGUGAUGUUGUGAGGCUAGCUGCAGCAGUACAUGAGACACUGAGUCCAUUCAUGACUGAAAUGAGGGAGAGUCUGGCUGUUGUUACGACAGAAAUGAGGGAAACCGCGGCUGCCGUUAAAGAAAACCUGACCAUAAUUGAAGGUCAAGUUAAUUCUCUGAGUAGAGAUCUUGAGGACCACAAAAACAAAACAACUACUGAACUGGCUGCUAUUGACUCUAAGUUAAACUCUCUGGACUCUAAACAAGAUGGUCUCAGCAUGACAGUGAUGACUGUGCACUCUGAACAGGAGCAUAAUGUACUGACUAAUGUUACAAAGGAACUGAAGAAGACUGCUGACUAUAUACUUGGACAUGUGCCCACAUUUAAAUGUGGAGGUACAGGAGGUUGGAGACGUGUGGUCUACCUGAACAUGACAGACCCCAACACAUACUGUCCCUCUGGCUGGCAGCUCACUAGUCACUCCAAGAGGACAUGUGGUAGAGUUAGUGGUGGUUAUGGUCUCUCCUGUGACUCAGUCUUCUUCCCUGUCAGUGGAGGAGACUACAGCAGUGUGUGUGGCUCUAUCAUAGCCUACCAGUAUGGUCAGAUAGAUGGAUUUGAGUUAUACCACGAUGGACGAGCAACCACAAUCGAACAACCCUAUGUUUGCGGUGUCAGUCUCACACACGGCAGUCCACGACAGCACAUCUGGACAUUUGCAGCUGGUUCUUCCGAGGCACAACCUACUUGGGAAGAUGCCUGUCCAUGUGAUGCUAGUAUCAGUAUUACCAUCCCACCAUUUGUUGGUGAAGACUACUUCUGUGAGUCUGGUGACCUCUCUGGCUCACCUGUUGGAAACUUCUAUCUAGAUGACCCUCUCUGGGACGGUGAAGGCUGCAGUAGCAACAGUAGCUGUUGCUCAUUCAACAAACCUCCAUACUUCACUCAGCGACUCCCCAGCCCUACCUCUGACCCUAUAGAGGCCAGACUGUGUCGAUUGGGUCUUGAUGAUUCUCCAGUUGAAUUCAUGGAACUCUACGUCAAGUAAUAGCUAUAAUAGUCCUUUGGACUGAACAUGUGUGAGACCCAGUUACUGUGUACUCUCAACUUGACGUGUGAUAAUUGUAUUCAUUAUUAACCCUCGGCACGCAUGCGCAGUGAGGGUUACAGUACUUGGUUCGUGGGUGUGUCUGUCUG